GCCCGCCCGGCCCGGGGACAGCGCUGCAGGUCGGACCGGGCGGAGCGGGGGUCGAGGCGGCGGGGGUGGUGUUUCCCUCCCCGGGCGUGUCCCCUGCGCCUUGUCCCGGGUCCUCUCCGCCGUGCGUGACACUUCCGCUGCGUCCCGUCUCCUCUCCGCCGUGCAUGUCCAUUGCGGGCAGCCGAAAUCGCGGUCCGGUCCCGGCUGGCAGCGGGCGGGCGGCGGGACCGGGGCUUUGGGGCGGUAGGACAAGAGUGAGAACUAGCCCCACUGUCGCACCGGAUCGGCCCGGCACCGUGCAGCUGCGGGGCCUGCACGCGUGACAGCGGGCCGGUGGCAGAGCUGUGCGGUGACACCGGGAGGCGGCAGGACCUGUACGGUGUCACACGGGGAGGGCUGUGGCUGUAGCGCUGCUGUCGCACCGACACAGUGGUGGCACCGGUGGUGCUGUGAGACCUGCACAGCGUGACACGGGGGGCGCUGGCCAUGGAGCCGGGCACCAUCGACAACCUGUCCAUCCUGUACCAGAGCUCCGACUUCAUCGUGGUCAACAAGCACUGGGAUAUCCGCAUCGACAGCAAGAUGUGGUACGAGACACUGACCCUGCAGAGCCAGCUCAAGUACCGCUUCCCUGAGCUGGCUGACCCUGACACCUACUACGGCUUCAGGUUCUGCCACCAGCUCGACUUCUCCACCAGCGGGGCUCUGUGUGUUGCACUCAACAAAGCAGCGGCUGGAAGCGCCUACAAGUGUUUUAAAGACCGGCUGGUGACCAAAGCCUAUCUCGCCCUGGUCAGGGGCCACGUGAGCCAGAACCGCAUGACGAUCUGCUAUGCCAUAGGGAAGAACACGACCGAGGGCAUGACCCACAUGAUGUGCAUCGACGGGACGGAGGGCUGCGAAAAUCCCAAACCCUGCCAGUCGGAGCUGAUUGUGCUUGAGCACGGUUCAUACAGUGGAGACCCUGUGACCAAAGUGCUGCUGCAGCCACUGACAGGGCGGACUCAUCAGCUGCGGGUUCACUGCAGCGCCAUCGGCCACCCCAUCGUGGGGGACUUCACCUACAGCCACAAGAAGGACAGCAGUCCCUACCGGAUGAUGCUCCACGCCUACUACCUGCGCAUCCCCACCGGCAAGGAGCUCAUCGAGGUCUGCGCGCCCGACCCAUUCGUCACCACGAUGGACAGCAACUGGGUGCCUCACCAGGUCACUCACCGGCUGGAUGAGAUCAUCCAAGAGCUGAAGGACAAGGUGAUGCAGAAGGAGGAGAGCCAGGAAGCUGUGCUUGGUGGUGGAGGAGACGAGGCGCUGAGCGAAGCCAAGAGCCCAGAGACGGAGGAGCAGCGAGCCCAGUGCGAGCAGUGGUUGGCCGAGUGGGCUUUGGAGUGAGCACACACCGCGUCUCUGCGUUUCCAGCCCAACGCUCCCAUUUCUGUCCCAGUGGGUAUCCACAGAACCCAGCGCUGACUCCACAUCUGCACUCUCUGUACACCGUGGCUUCCCUCACUCCUGGGGCUGGGGUUAGACAGAUUUUAGCAGCGAUUAGGAUGGGUUUAUUUUUUAAUGUACACAUCGUCCAUCUGGCCGCUGGAUUCCCCUUUCCUAAUACUGGGCCUGAGCAGCAGAGCCAGUGUGUCACGUACCACCUUAGAGUGACCCCAAAGCUUUAUGUCCCUGUCCCAGGGCUCGGGCACAGCUGGGGGAAUACAGAUGCAGCGUUUGCCGUGAGCACAAUGGAUGGAUCUGCAAAUCAGCACUGGGAUGCUAAAAUGCAGCCCAGCAAAAGGGAGAGGAGAACAUUCUGGACCCAGCUUCGGUGUCCACAUUCCCCCGUUCCCUUCACUCCACGCUGCUGCGCUCGCUGGUGUGUGGGAGGUGGGAGAUGCGGAGGCUGAAGUGCAGCCUGUGGGGGGAACAACAGCCCCCCCAGUCCUGAGGCAGCCCUUGGUGUUCUGCCUGCAGAGCUGGGCUGUGCGAUGGGCACAGGAAAGCCCUUGUGCUUCCCUCCCUGCUUCAGCCCACACAUGGGGUUUUUUUAAGGUUUGUGGAAGGCGAAUGAGUUGUUACAAACGGGUUUUAGACUUUUUUCAGAUUUCUUACAAGAAGAAUCUAGUCUUUUAGUGGUUCUGGAAUACCAGUGGGCUCAGGAAUGUGUGUAUUUUUUGUACUUCUGUGGUCAGAAUAGCCAGCAGCCCAAAGCUUUUUUAAAAGAUCUUAUUAUUCUUUCUCCUAGCAUUGCCUUUCCCUAGUGCCCACUUUUAUCCUGCAUGUGGAUGUAAACCCUGCUGAGAUGGGUCAGGAAACAUCAGCCCCUUUCUGCUGUACCCAAAUGAGGGGCAAUCAGUUUUGGUCCCAUCGCAUGACCCCUCGCUGGCCACUUCCUGCGAGGGUGUCAGGGCCUGGGGGUGGGCGGUCUGGGGGGGCUCUAGAGCAGACAGAGCGGCCAAGGAAAUGGUUGGAGCUGCAGAAAAGGCUGAGCAGUGAUAUGAUGGGUGGGAAGGAGCUCGAAGCUCACGCUGGCACUCAGCUUUGCAAGGUGUAGAGGAGCUUCUCUGGAAAUUCCUUUGCUGUGCCAGCUGGUGUCAGGCUGGUUCAGUCCCUCCCUCCCACCCCGCUUUGAAAAUGAAGAGAGGGGGCAGCUGGGCUGGGAGGGAUGGGGGGGGCUGGAGCCCAUUGCACCCAGAGCACCCAUCCCCACGGUAUUCGGCACUGAGCCGCCACAUCAGCACGUGCCUGGAAUUACCAUCAUGCCACGAGCCCCGUCCCAUUUGAAAAGCACCCACAGCGGUUUCACAGAACUUGUAUCCCUGCCCUGAGGAGAAAUAAAAUGGCACAGCCCUCUUAUUGCAGGUGAAUGCACCCUAUAGGUCACCGAAACCUCACAGGGUUUUGCAUCACCCAUCCCUGGUGUCCCUGGAUGGGUGCGGGGCCACGGAGGAGGUUGCCGUCACCUUGGUUUCAUGGCUCGGCACAAAGCGCUGCCAUCAGCUGUAGGAUGGGGACCAGUACAGAGUUCAUGGCUCUACCAGUACCUGGGGACCGAGCAGGGACACGGGCUCAGGAGCUGGUGGCAGAGGUCUCAGGGUGGGGUUGGAGGAGCAGAAGAUCCAUCUCCUCCCUCCCAAGGCCUGUCUCUGCCCGUCCCAUCGCCCAGGAGCGGCUGGGGAGCGGACAGGCAGCCACAGGCGGGUCCUGAAGCUGUAAAUUAAACCAUCAACCUGUUUGCCAAAGGAUGAAGCUGUAAAUUAAACCAUGAAUCUGUUUGGCAAAGAAUGAAGCUGUAAAUUAAACCAUGAAUCUGUUUGGCAAAGGAUGAACAUGGGUGACACGCACAGGAAGUGCAUGUGGGGACAGUUCCCACUGCGUGACAGGACAUGUCCUGCAGCUGCAGGUUGGGGACAAGGCUGCCUGUGGCCGUGGGGCUGGUGGUCACUCGGGUGGUACAUGGGGACAUGUCGGUGCCCGUCCACAAGGUGGGGGACCGUCACAGCUGGGGACUGGCACCCAUUACUCUCCCCAACAUCUGCGUGGAGGAGCCCCUGCCCCGUGCGUUGCACUUUUACCCAAUACUGAGGCAACCAGACAUACAUAUUUUUCCUUACCCUGCAGACGUGUUUUCCUGGUGCCCUUCCCAUGUCUUGUGCAGUCCCGCUCCCUCCUCUCUGCCAUCACGGGACCAUUUCUGCAUCGCGUGUGAAUCCACUCCUGCUUUCGGGGGGUUGUGAUCGGGUGUGUGUUUCGUGAUGUUCUGUACGGCUUGCAAUAACCCUUAUUCCUUGUUGCACAUCACCACAGUAAAACCAUUUACGUCUGUA